AUGAUUCAGCACAUGGAACGUCCUCGUCGUGGUAGUGAAGAAUCUUUAGCCACUUUAGUCCAUUCAGAAACAAAUACUUCUCGUUCUAUUGCUCCACCCAAUGAAGAAGAUGCAAACGAUGACUUGCUAUCGCUUUUAUCGCAGAAUACGUUGAUUAAUCAUCAAGAUCUAAUCAUGAGACAUCCAGUGAUGGCAUAUACUACGGUAUCAAAUUUCCCUGUUGUUUCAUCAUUAAUGCAAAAUGGAGUGUCUGUGUUUCGGGAUGUUCAGGCUAUUAUUGACUAUCAAAUGAAUAAGCAGAAUGUUCAUCCACUUCUUCUGACAUCAUCGUCUUAUCUAUCUCUCUUUAAGAAAACAAGUCCGUUCAUGACAUUCCAUCAAUUUGACCAAACCACAGGCGAGAAAACAGAAUUUUGCAAGGUCUAUUUUAAGAUUCUCAGUAACUAUGUCACUAGCUAUGUGUUUAUGUUCUCUUUGGCGAGUGGUAUACCUCCAAUUGUUAUGGCAAAUAAUGGGAUUCAUGGUUCUUGUGAUUUUUCCUAUGCUGAUACAAACUUUCGAGUCACUGGGAUAUCAAAUUCGGCCUCCAUAUUUGGGAACUCUACUAAGAUUCAAGCUUUCCCAUUGACAAAAGCGUCAAAGUCACUUGUUGAUGAUCUUGAACUUAUUUUUCCCAAUGAAAAUAAUAUCAAGAAUGUCAAAAUCAUCUUGGAUAAUGAAUUGGCCCGGAUGGUGGAUCAUCCGGCUUCCCACCAUCAAGCAUUACAAGCUAUACAAGGCGCACUGUAUGUCAUUGGACAGCGAGACUUUGGUCGUUUCGUCGAUAAGGGAAACGUUAAAGUGGGCAACAAUCUUCAUCAGCAUGGAGUCCUCAGCAUUCUCAGAAGAGAAAGCCUUGAUAUUGUAGAGAAUGACACAUUAGUUACAUGCUGUGUAUUAUUAGUAUUACGAGAGCAAGAGUAUAGAAAGCACAAGGGGAAUAAGAAGGUAGUUUAUCGUUGA